GGAGAUCGAGACAUCCGUGGAUAAGGAGAGGAAUGGCUGUAGAGAGAGAUCUUUACGGGUAGCGUUAUGCUAAACGCCUCCUAAUUACAUCUCUCGUGUUCCUAACUCUAGAACUCGUUCUACCUCAGGCUGGUGAGAAAAAUGAUUUCAGCAAAAAGACUGCGCUGGGGGUCGCUUGUCGGAAGCUUCUUCGCACUCACUGCUCUCGCCUUUAAUGUUAGGUUAGUCCUCGUCUCCUUCAAUGGCUCUGAGGAGGUCGUUGUCCCAACCAGUAACGUCACCAUCUUGAUAUGGCACUGGCCAUUCGAUCGGGCCUUGGACCUCACUGGAGAUGUUUGCUCGCGACUUUAUAAUAUUCACCGUUGUGAACUGACCGACGACCGCGGGAAGUACGGCCGAGCCGACGUGGUGGUUUUCCACCACAUGGAACUUGGUAGACGAGGUUCCGAGCUGCCCCCUAAGCCUAGACCGCCCGGACAGAAGUGGGUUUGGGCAAAUUUAGAAUCUCCAUCUAACGUCCGUGGGGUUGGGAAAUGGAACCAUAUUUUUAACUGGACUCUGACCUAUCGCGAGGACUCGGACAUCUUUAUGCCGUAUGGGAAGCUGCUUCCGAGGGCUUCUAUGAGCCCCAUCAACACCAACAAGACUGGCCUGGUGGCUUGGGUGGUCAGCCAUUACCAGAAGACACAGGAAAGAGUUCCAUUCGUCACAGAACUCUCGAACUACCUCAAAGUCGAUGUGUACGGACAAGCCAAUCAGAAUCCUUUAUGCCCGUCCUGCCUCGUCCCCACCGUGUCCCGGUACUUCUUUUAUUUGUCCUUGGAAAAUUCCGUCCACGAGGACUACAUCACGGAGAAGCUCUGGAAAAACGCGUUCCUGGCCGGGGCGGUCCCCGUCGUGCUGGGUCCUCCUCGGAAAAAUUACGAAAAAUUUGCACCCCCCGAUUCGUUCAUCCACGUCUCCGACUUCCCUUCACCCCGACAUCUGGCCGACUUCAUGCUGUCAGUGACCCCCCGGCGGUACCUCCAGUAUCUUCGCUGGCGGAAGGAAUUCGAAGUGAAAUUAUUCACCGACUGGAGGGAAAGAUUUUGUACGAUUUGCUCAAAAUACUCAAGUUUACCACAAAACAAAACGUAUGCUGAUUUGGGAGGCUGGUUUCACAAUGGUGAUUAA